UGCGCUUGGAAUUAUUUACAAACGAAAAACUGAGUUUCACGUGAAUCUUUUGUGUCGAAGAGAAUAGUUUUUCUAGAAAACAGGAGCAAUUAAAUGGGUGACAGCGAUGACAGUAGCGUGGAUGAUAGGGAUGUGUUUGCAGCAAGGAAGAGGCGUCGCUUCCUCAACGACCCGGACACAGAUCGGAGAAAUGUGGCCAGGAAAUCGACCGGAAGAGCUUCCGAUGCCAAUCAGGCCACAGGAGGCAAAAGGUCCAGCCCCAGGGCUGCACCGGCAACUUCGACGAUGGCUUCCGACUCCGAAGACUCCGGCGAUGAUUUCUUAAACGGUUCGGGACUGUCUCCGGAGAAGGCCAACGCUUCCAGAAUCCUGCGCAGCAGAAAUUCACAGCUGACCGAUCAGGAGAGCGACAGCGGCACAGAGACCCCCGAUUCCGACGAGAUGCCCGUUUUGGACAGAAGCAAGAAGAAAACGAAGAUAGCCAAGAAGCCGGCACCAAAACCACCUCCCGUACAGAAAUUAUCACAAGCUCAAAAAGUGGCUAAAAGGAAUACGAUACCUUCCACGCCACAAAGCAGCCAAAAGUCUCAGACUAAGAAGGUUUUGUCCCCUGUGAAAGACAAAGAAUUGUUUAACCAGUUGGUGAAUAAAUGUGUGUUCUAUUUGCUGGUAGCCGAUCAAAAGAAGUACCUCAUAAGAAAACAAGCUAUCAUAGAGCACGUGUUCAAAGAUCACAACUACAAUGCGACGCUGUUCAAAGAAGUGAUUGUGGCUGCCGGGAAUAACCUCAAAAAGACUUUUGGGUUCGAGCUGCUGAGCGACAAAGACCAGAAAGAUGCCUACAUGCUGGUCAACAUCUUGAAGCCGGAGCUCGAAGUGCACGAAAUGAGUCAAUAUUCCAGAUUGAAAACCCAGCAGCGAGGUUUGCUCUUGUUCCUGUUGACCGUCAUCUUCAUGAAUGAAAAUGUGAUACCCGAAGAUGAGCUUUGGGUGGCGUUGAAACCGAUGGGAAUAGAUGCCACUUCCCGCAAGCCCCAUCCCGUGUUUGGGGACGUGAAAAAAUUGAUCAGCGGAGAGCUGGUGAGACAGAUGUACCUGGAGAGCCGAAGCAUCAGCAAGGAUCCCCCCCAGGUGGAGUACUCCUGGGGAAAGAGGGCGCUGCAAGAGGUCGACAAGAGGGACAUCCUGGAAUUCGCAUGCAAGGUCAUGAAAGAUACCGUUCCCGAAGACUGGAUCCUGCAGUACAAGGAUGCCCAGGAGGCUGCCGGAGAGAAUCAGGAAGAGGACUGACUCUCUUCGCAUGUAUAUAUAAAUAGGUGUAUAUAUUUUUGUUAGUAAAUUAAAUAAGUA